UCUGAAAAUUAUUUGAAAUAUCUAUACGUGAAAUUGAUUAUUAUGGCCAAUAGAGACACUACAGAUGCAAUGCAACCUAAGCACAUGACUUUCUCAAACUCGAAAGUGCCUAUCAUCGGAUGCCUCCUAGACUAUUUGGACAUCGGCAUUAACUACAUAUACAGCAGAUCGUUACGGGGCGAGAAACUCCGGCCCAGCGACGCAAGGCCCUCCCUAUCACCCACUUUUCUAGCUUUCGUCUGUCUUUUGCUUGGAUUCAUUGCCAAUGUAAAGCUGGAAGUAGUGAAGUUUGACGAAUCCCCUCUGAACUACGAUUUGCAUUUGAUGCUGAUGAGCAAAGAAGAUAACCUUUAUAUUGAUGAGAUCGAUCCGUCUCGUGUUAUGUGGUGUAUUGAAGCUUCUGACUGCGCUGCAUUGCUCAUCAGCUGUUCACUUAUAUGGAAUUCUUCAAAUGUGAAGUCAUCGUUCACCGAAUACAUGUUCCUGCCCUGGUUGGGAGUGACACUGCGAGGACUGAUCCUCCGCCAGCUCCCGACUGUAGCGGCCCUCAUCUACACCAUGGCGAUCAUCGACAGCCAUCCUGUUAACCCGAUGUUCUUGACUGUCUUCUCUUUUCUGUUCUUGUUGCAAGCGCGGAUUUGCUUGGAAAUCAUUCGGACGUUGCGCGCGCGCUGGCAGCGGCGCGCGUUGUCGAGCGACGAGCGGCGCGUUCAAGUCGAGACGCUCUGGAGUAACGAGGAGGACGACGUGCCCAGUGUUGAGAUGCGCAACUUUCUUUACUAGCUCCAUGUGUCUGUUCAUAC